ACCCUCGCGCACCCACGCGGCCUUCCUGGCGGGAGAGCGCUUCCGGCGUCCUCGCCAGGCCUGGGGAGUGGGCACGGUGGAGCUGCCGGCCGUUGGUCGCUGCCCCGACCCACGCACUGCGACGCCGCGGGCCUGAAUUGCAGUUCCUGUGCCCCGGCACUAAGACUGGCACCUCCUGCGGCCCAUGCCCUUCGCCUGCAUUGCCCACUGAGUCCCACUCGACUGUCUUCAGCGCGGUUCACACUGAGGCCCAGCCCUUUCCCACUGGCCCCGAGCAGGCCCACCUUUAGGAGGGCGUGAUGGAAAGGCCCCUGGAGAAUGGGGAUGAGUCCCCAGACUCUCAGGGCCAUGCCACCGACUGGAGAUUUGCUGUGUGCAGUUUCAGGGAUGCCUGGGAAGAGGAGGAACCUGCUUCCCAGAUGCACGUUAAGGACCCGGGUCCUCCAAGACCACCAGCCAGGGCCACCCAGGAUGAGGAGCUACAGGGCAGCCCCUUGUCCAGGAAACUCCAGUUACCCCCAGCUGCAGAUGAGUCGGGGGAUGCCCAGAGGGGCACAGUAGAAAGCUCCUCAGUCCUGUCAGAAGGGCCAGGCCCCUCUGGAGUGGAGAGCCUCCUAUGCCCCAUGUCCUCCCACCUCAGCUUGGCACAGGGUGAGAGUGACACCCCAGGGGUAGGGUUGGUAGGGGACCCAGGUCCAAGCAGGGUGAUGCCAUCUGGCUUGAGCCCUGGGGCAUUGGACAGCGACCCUGUGGGCCUUGGAGACCCUUUAUCAGAGACAUCAUCAAAGCUGCUGGAGGCAGCCCCCGGUGGAUCCGGCCUCCCUAAGCCUGCUGACUGUCUCCUGGCCCAAGACCUCUGUUGGGAGCUGCUGGCCAGUGGUAUGGCCACCUUGCCAGGGACUCGGGAUGUCCAAGGCCGGGCAGUGCUGCUUCUGUGUGCCCACAGCCCAGCCUGGCUUCAGUCUGAGUGCAGCAGCCCGGAACUCAUCCGCCUCCUGCUGUACCUGCGAAGCAUCCCCAGGCCCGAAGUACAGGCACUGGGACUGACAGUGCUAGUUGAUGCCCGAAUUUGUUCCCCAAGUUCUUCCCUCUUCUCUGGGCUCAGCCAACUACAAGAAGCAGCCCCAGGGGCCGUGUACCAGGUGCUGCUAGUGGGAAGCACGCUGCUGAAGGAAGUGCCUUCCGGGCUGCAGCUGGAGCAGUUGCCCUCUCAGAGCCUGCUGACCCACAUCCCAAUGGCGGGGCUGCCCACUUCGCUAGGAGGAGGCCUGCCUUACUGCCACCAGGCCUGGCUGGAUUUCCGGAGGCGGCUGGAAGCUCUACUAGAGAACUGCCAGGCAGCUUGUGCCCUGCUCCAGGGGGCCAUCGAAAGUGUGAAGGCUGUGCCCCAGCCCAUGGAGCCUGGGGAGGUUGGUCGGCUGCUACAGCAGACAGAGGUCCUAAUGCAGCAGGUGCUAGACUCACCACGGCUGGCAUGGCUACAAUGCCAGGGGGGCCGGGAGCUGACAUGGCUGAAGCAAGAGGUCCCAGAGGUGACCCUGAGCCCAGACUACAGGACGGCAAUGGACAAGGCUGACAAGCUAUAUGACCGGGUGGAUGGAUUGUUGCACCAACUGACCCUGCAGAGCAACCAGCGAAUACAGGCCCUAGAGUUGGUCCAAACACUGGGGGCCCAGGAAGGCGGACUGCACCAGAUUGAAGUGUGGCUGCAGCAGGUGGGCUGGCCAGCACUGGAGGAGCCUGGGGAGCUGUCGCUGGACAUGCUGCUCCAGGCCCAAGGCUCUUUUCGGGAGCUGUACCAGGUUGCCCAGGAGCAGGUCAGGCAAGGGGAGAAGUUUCUGCAGCCACUGACUGGCUGGGAGGCGGCUGAACUGGGCCCACCUGGGGCACGCUUUCUUGCCCUGCGAGCCCAGCUGACUAAAUUCUCUAAGGCUUUGGCCCAGCGGUGCCAGCGGCUGGCGGAUGCUGAGAGGCUGUUUCAGCUCUUCAGGGAGGCCUUGACGUGGGCUGAGGAGGGGCAGCGAGUGUUGGCAGAACUGGAGCAGGAACGCCCGGGGGUUGUGUUGCAGCAGCUGCAGCUGCACUGGACCAGGAACCCUGACUUGCCUCCUGCCCACUUCCGAAAGAUGUGGGCUCUGGCCACAGGGCUGGGCUCAGAGGCCAUCCUCCAGGAGUGCCGCUGGGCCUGGGCGUGGUGCCAGGACACCCGGCUGGCCCUGGACCAAAAGCUCGAGGCUUCACUGAAGCUACCACUGGUGGGCAGCACAGCUAGCCUGUGUGUCAGCCAGGUCCCCGCUGCACCUGCCCACCCUCCCCUGAGGAAGGCCUACAGCUUCGAUCGGAAUCUGGGGCAGAGUCUCAGUGAACCUGCCCGCCACUGCCACCAUGCGGCCACUAUUGCUGCCUGCCGCAGACGAGAGGCUGGAGGAGGUACCCUGCCCCAGGCAUCCCCUACUGUGCCUCCACCAGGCAUCUCUGACCCCAGGAGCCCCAACAGGCUACAGCUGGUGCUGGCAGAGAUGGUGGCCACGGAGCGGGAGUAUGUCCGGGCUCUAGAGUACACUAUGGAGAACUAUUUCCCCGAGCUGGAUCGCCCUGAUGUGCCCCAGGGCCUCCGCGGCCAGCGUGCCCACCUCUUUGGCAACCUGGAGAAGCUGCGGGACUUCCACUGCCACUUCUUCCUGCGUGAGCUGGAGGCUUGCACCCGGCACCCACUACGAGUGGCCUAUGCCUUCCUGCGCCAUAGGGUGCAGUUUGGGAUGUACGCGCUCUACAGCAAGAAUAAGCCUCGCUCUGAUGCCCUGAUGUCAAGCUAUGGGCACACCUUCUUCAAGAACAAGCAGCAAGCGCUGGGGGACCACCUGGACCUGGCCUCCUACCUGCUAAAGCCCAUCCAGCGCAUGGGCAAGUAUGCACUGCUGCUGCAGGAGCUGGCACGGGCCUGCGGGGGCCCCACGCAGGAGCUCAGUGCGCUGCAGGAGGCCCAGAGCCUUGUGCACUUCCAGCUGCGGCACGGAAACGACCUGCUGGCCAUGGACGCCAUCCAGGGCUGUGAUGUUAACCUCAAGGAACAGGGGCAGCUGGUGCGACAGGAUGAGUUUGUGGUGCGCACUGGGCGCCACAAGUCCGUGCGUCGCAUCUUCCUUUUUGAGGAGCUGCUGCUCUUCAGCAAGCCUCGCCAUGGGCCCACAGGAGUUGACACAUUUGCCUACAAGCGCUCCUUCAAGAUGGCAGACCUUGGUCUCACUGAGUGCUGUGGGGACAGCAACCUGCGCUUCGAGAUCUGGUUCCGCCGCUGCAAGGCCAGGGACACCUUUGUGCUGCAGGCCUCCAGCCUGGCCAUCAAGCAGGCCUGGACGGCUGACAUCUCCCGCCUGCUUUGGAGGCAGGCCAUCCACAACAAGGAGGUGCGCAUGGCUGAGAUGGUGUCCAUGGGUGUGGGGAACAAGGCCUUCCGAGACAUUGCUCCCAGCGAGGAAGCCAUCAACGACCGCACCGUCAACUAUGUCCUGAAGUGCCGAGAAGUUCGCUCUCGGGCGUCCAUUGCCGUGGCCCCUUUUGACCAUGUCAGCCUCUACCUGGGGGCCUCGAACUCCCUUCCUGGAGACCCUGCCUCUUGCUCUGUUCUGGGGUCCCUCAACUUGCACCUGUACAGAGACCCAGCUCUUCUGGGUCUCCGCUGUCCCCUGUAUCCCAACUUCCCAGAGGAAGCAGCACUGGAGGCUGAGACAGAGCUGGGCAGCCAGCCCUCUUUGACUGCAGAAGACUCAGAGGUCUCAUCCCAAUGCCCAUCAGCCAGUGGCUCCAGUGGCUCUGACAGCAGCUGUGUGUCAGGGCAGGCCCUGGGUAGGGGCCUCGAGGACUUACCCUGUGUCUGAGCCUGGGACUGGACGAGCAGUAGAUCCAGCAGCCUGCAACUCCAAGGAACAUUGCCUCUCUGGAUCUGCUGUGACCAGGGUGUGGCUGACACCUGGGCUACCUCCAACCUACGUGUGCAGUGCUGUUGACUACCCUUUCUGAUGUGUGUGGCCAUUGGACUAACUGGCACAGGGCCUCUCUAGGGGAGUCUGAUUGUAGAGCCUGAAUAGGUUCCUGGCCCCAUGACCCCUUCUCCUGUCCCCAGCUCCCAUCCCAGUUGUGGGUUAAGAAUAGGCUAGAGCAGACAUUGAGUGUUUUCAUGCUGUAGGCUGGUGGGGGACCAUGUGCCUCUGGGCAGUGACUAGGGUGCCCCCACCCCUCAGGAAGAACACAGGUGGGCUCCUAGCAGCUGAUUCCCAAUCCCUGGCCUUAAAGCCGAGCUCAGUUACCAUAGGGACAGGUCCACCUCUACUGGGCCCUCAUGCUUGCCUUUCCUGGCCCCCAGGCCCAGCCCCUUUUUUACUGGGGCAGUUUCAUUAUUUUGACUUGAUGCCUUUUGAAUAACUUUCAAUAGAGUUGUCUAAAAUUAUCUCAUGGGUUGUUAGGCCUUUGGUGUCUCAGAGAAGGAGUCUAGGUCUUUGAUGUGUGAUUUAAUCUUUUAUUUGUUUAUAAUAAAAAAUAGACUGAUAUGUA